AUGACAGUGUUCCAAAUACCUGCCAGCCCGACCACAGCACCAUUUGAAUUCCGAGGGAAGACCGGUGUCCUGACAACCAAGAGGGGUUUGGACAGGGAGAAGGAGGAGUACUUCACUGUACCUGUCCGAGUGGUCAACCCAGGGGCACCUGCCUUCACAGUGACCACUACAGUGACUGUUACCGUGACCGACGUUAAUGACAACAUCCCGGUGUUCAGCUCUCCAUCAGGCUAUGUGGCCUCCAUGAUGGAAAAUGCAGUCACAGAGUUCCUGGAGAUGAGUGAUGUAGUGAGUGUUGUUGAUGCCGAUGCUACAGAGGCUCACCGACUGACCACCCUGCAUCUUGGUGGUGAGGGUAGUGAUAAGUUCAUCUUGAACACGGACAGCGGACGAAUCAAGUUGAGGACACCAGGCAAGCUGGACGCUGAGGAGCAGAGUUCUUACAAUUUGACUAUCACUGCGUCAGAUGAGUCUCGGAGAGGCAAGAACUCCACAACAUCCUUGACUGUCACUAUUGGGGACGUCAACGACAAUGCCCCAGUUUUUCCGGGGAGGUACAACUUGAGUAUAGCCGCAGGAACCAGGGUAGGGGAGGUUGUCGGGACGAUCAAGGCCAUGGACAGAGACAUCCAUCGCAAAAACAACAGGGUCACGUAUCUUCUGAGAGGUGGUGCAUUUGGAAAGUUUGACUUGGAUCCAGAUUCAGGUGACAUUGUAGCCCUUGAGAAGCUGACAGUUGAGCCAUUCCGACACGUGUACCACCUGUCUGUGGAAGCCAUCGAUUCCGGUGACCAGAGACUGUCAUCAGAGACAGUGGUCACCAUCAAGGUCAACCUCAACAAGCCACCUGUAGUGCCCACAACCUUCCAGUUCAAGGUCAAGGAGAACCAGACCGUGGGGUCAGAAGUGGGAAGGGUCAAGGUCACCGACCCAGACAUGGAGUACAAUGAUCGAGAGAAGAUCCAGUUCUUCACUGGGGAACCGGGAGUACCUUUCAUGGUGGAGCGUGACACCGGUGUUGUACGGAUGGCCACUGAGCUGGACCGAGAGACAAAUGACCACUUUGAGAUGUCAGUCAUUGUGGUCAAUGAGGGAUCUCCAUCGUACACUGCAACUACACACAUCGUUGUUGGCAUCAUUGACCUCAACGACAAUGCACCAAUGUUCUCUGCAAGUCAGUACGUGGGUCGUGUUGUGGAGGACCAAGACGGGAGGCGGGAUGCAACUGAAGUUGACCUGGAUCGACUGAUACUGGUGAGCGAUGAAGACAUAACCGAGGACAACCGAGGGGUGGUGCUGACUCUGACAGGGGUUGGCAGUGAUCAGUUCCGGGUGGACGCCAGAUACCAGUCACUUGUAUGUCAACAGGCCUGGAUGUUGGUGCAGAUUCUCCAGUAUUUGGGCACCAAGUGCUGUUAUGGAGUUCUGUUUCGAGAAGUGUUGGAAAACCAGGAAAGUCACUCAGCAGAAGUUUCUGACAGAAAUUUGUAUGCCACAGACCAAAAUGGUAAAGGUCUCACCAGCUCAGCAAACUUGACUAUAAAAGUUGAAGACGUGAACGACCAUAACCCGGAGUUUGAGGAUAAGUAUGAGUUCACAGUGAACACAGGAGCCUCAAAGGGAGCACACAUCGGGAUGUUAGAGGCCACCGAUAGGGACGACACUGUGAAGAACAACCAGCUCACGUAUUUCCUCACAGAUGGGGGACAUGGCAAAUUUGACGUCAAUCCCACGACAGGUGAACUGUAUGUUUCUGACACCCUGAAGAGAGAGCCGUACCACGAUGUCUUCAACCUGCAUGUUCAGGCUGUAGACAAUGGCUUCCCGCGACUGUCAGCUGACACCACAGUCAAGAUUCAUGUUCCCAUUAAUAAGGCCCCAACUGUGGAUAAAGUGAUGUCACUGACGAUGAUGGAAAACCUCCCUGCAGGCACCAUGGUGGGGAAGGUUGAAGCCGUGGACCCUGACAUGGGGGGCACUCCUGGGGAGACUCUUGAGUAUCACAUCACUGACACAUCAGUGCCUAUUAUGGUGGACAAGUACAGUGGAGAACUGAAACUGAAGUCGAGUGUUGACCGUGAGGAGCUGGACAGUGUCAGCUUCAAUGUACAGGUGGUGAAUGACGGUGCCCCUGCCUACACCAUGUCCACACUGGUCACCAUUACUGUCAACGACACCAACGACCAUGCUCCAGAGUUUACUGUCAAGGGAGGCUACUCUGGUGUUGUGUCUGAAACUGUAUCGACCUCCAGAGGGGAUGUUUAUGUUAAAUUGAGCCAACCAAUCACGAUUGAAGACAAAGAUGACACAACUGAGAACAGAAAUGUGAAGGUUACACUGACAGGGCGUGGCUCCGACAACUUCAAGUUUGUGAAAGACACAGGCAGGAUAAAGAUUCGAGACCCAUCCUUGAUUGAUGCUGAAGUACAAAAGUCAUUCAAUCUGAAGCUGACAGCCACAGAUCAAGGAGGGCAUGGAUUCAGCACCUCCUCCAACAUCUCCAUCAUUGUGGAUGAUAUCAACGACAACCGCCCAGUCUUCAUCAGCAACACUACCUUCAACAUGAACCCUUCUGCCAUGAGGGACAGCAAGGUGGGCGUGGUCCGAGCCAAGGAUGCAGAUGCCACUGCCCAGAACAACAGAAUCACCUACCUCCUUACUGGAGGUGGACACGGCAAGUUUACCGUCGACUCCAGAACAGGAGAAAUCUUUGUAACUGACUCACCAAACCAUGAGUCAAUGCUGGAUGUGUACCAUCUGGACAUUCGAGCUCAGGACAACGGUGUUCCACAGAUGUCUGCAGAUACUGUCAUCACUGUCAACGUCCCCAUCAAUCACCCACCCCGGAUGUCGCUUCCCAAGUAUGAGUUCCAUCUGCCGGAGAACAAUGCUGUUGAUGCUGUUGUGGGGAGGGUGACUGCUGUUGACCCUGACAUCCCUGCCGACCCCAACCACAAACUGACCUACUCCAUUGAUGAUGCUAGUGGAUUGUUCAGCAUCCGGCCCGAUACUGGUGUCAUCACAGCCAACACAGUUCUGGACAGAGAGGUCACGGCAAGCGUUGUGUUCGAUGUACAGGUCAAGGACAAUGUGUUCCCCGAAAACUCAGACACCGCCAAUGUCAAGGUCAUAAUAAUUGACCUCAAUGACAACGCCCCUAUGUUGACAGGAGGAUCGUAUUUCCGUGGUGCUGUGUUUGAAGACAACAAGCGGCCACUGAGAGGACAGAUUGUGAAACUGGACAGGAAUAUAAGUGUGAUAGACCGAGAUGCAACAGAGAUUCACCGCGACUUUGUCGUAGAACUGGAAGGUUACGCCAGCAGGUUCUUUCGGUACAACCCCGCCACGGGUCAGCUGUCAGUGAGAACCCCUGGUUCCAUAGACCGAGAGUUUAACGAGGCGUAUGAAAUGAAGAUCGUGGCCAGAGAUCGCAGCUUCAGCUGGCUAUCAUCCACUGCUACACUUCGCAUAGAUGUCGCCGAUAGCAACGACAAUUACCCAGAAUUCCUUGAGACAAGCUUCACCUUCACACUACCCUCUGUAGUCAAUGCUGGCGACAUUGCUGGGAAGGUUGUUGCCAGGGACAUUGAUGCCACGGAGCCCAACAACAAGAUCCUGUAUCUCCUACAGGACAACCCUCUUGGAAAGUUUAAGCUUGAUAUCAACACAGGAGACUUAAUACUGCUGCCAAGUUUUUUCUCCAAACCUCGCAAGGACGUGUACAGGGUGACAGUGGAGGCAAGAGACCUUGGCUACCCCUCACGUAAAGCUCAGACUAAAGUCAUCGUCCGAGCACCCUACUUUGACUUUAACGACCAUCCUCCUGACUUCAAAGGGGAGACGAUGUUUGUAACGCGGGAGGAGAUUCCCAUUGGAGCCGUUGUUGGUCGCUUGAAUGUGGUGGAUGAGGACAAGGAGGGGAGCAGUGCUGUGAUGCUGGAAUUGCUGCACACUGGCAUCACAGUGCCUUUCAAGGUGGAAGCCGAUGGUGCCAUCACAUGUUCAGAGCGUAUAGAUCGAGACCAUGGACCCAAAUAUUACACCUUCAAAGUCCGAGCAACAGACAAGGGAACACCUCCAUUCAACGUCACCAGAGACAUCAGUGUUAUUGUUGACGACAUCAACGACAACCCCCCCAAAUUUCCCCUGCCAAAAUAUAAGCAUAUGGUGUCAGAUGUCUUCCCACCUCGAACUGUAGUGGCAACACCCUUUGCAUUUGACAAUGUGGAUGAGAGAGACUCUGUGUACCAUUACACAAUGAAGGGAGAUAAUCUGGGAUAUUUUCAUAUCAAUGAAAAGACAGGGGUGGUUGUUACCACGGAUAUGGCCUCGACCCUUGACCCACAGACUAUUACAUACCAGAUUGAGGCUGUUGAUCUGUAUAAUAAAUCACUCAAGGCUGUCACUGAGCUUGAAAUUCAGGUGAUCGAAUCAGUGACACCAUCUAAUUCGACCUGUUAAUGGUACAAUUGUCCAACAAUAUUGAUAAUUAUUGAAGUCAUUAACUUCUAUAUCAUGGUGAAUAAAUUAAUAUUUUUGCGAUGAA